AUAUUUACGAGGGACGCGAAGGAUAACGCGAGAUCGCGCGUUACUCGCCCUGCUGUUCAAUAGAGCUGUCAAAAACUGAAUACAUAGCACUGGAUUUGAGACGCUAAAUUGCAACUUGCAAAAAUCAGAAAAUUAAGGAGACAAAUUUUUACUUUGCAGUCUGUUUUGUCAUCUUAAUCGUAGGCAAAACAUAGUCGCGUUGCCAUCGCCAGUUGCGUUCCGUAAUCUAUCCGUUUUCAGCUUCCACAACAAUGGCGGAUCCCAAAUACGCCAAUUUGCCCGGCAUUGCAUCUAAUGAGCCAGACGUUUAUGAGACUAGCGACCUUCCAGAAGAUGACCAAGCACAGUUUGAGUCGGAGGAGCUCUGCAGCGACAGUGUGGAGCGCAUCGUGGUGAACCCCAACGCCGCCUACGAUAAGUUCAAGGACAAGCGAGUCGGCACCAGAGGCCUGGACUUCUCUGACCGCAUCAGUAAGACCAGGAGAGUUGGCUAUGAAUCGGGGGAGUUUGAGAUUUUGGCUGAGUGCUGCGGGCUGAAGGAAACCCCUCAGCAGAAGUACCAGCGCUUGGUGAAUGAGAUCCAGGAACUGACCCAGGAGGUUGAGGGCAUCCAGGCCACUGCCAAGGAGAGCAGCGCGGAGGAGAGGCUCACGCCGGUGCUGCUGGCCCAGCAGGCCGCUCAGCUGAAGCAGCAGCUCGUCUCGGCACACCUGGACUCCCUGCUGGGCCCACACGCCCAUAUCGACCUGUCCGAUCCGGAUGGAGCACUGGCCCGACGCCUGCUCAUCCAGCUGGAGGCAGCGAGAGGAGGCCGUGGGGGAGCGGCGGUCGACAGCAAGCCUGGGGCAGCAAAGGCCCCCGACGGCGUGGUGCUGUACGAGUUGCAUAGCAGGCCGGAGCAGGAGAAGUUUACGGAGUCGGCCAAGGUGGCCGAGCUGGAGAAGAGGCUGGCUCAGCUGGAGACGGCCAUGGGGACGGGGUCAAACAAACAGGGUCCUCUGACUGCUUGGGUACAGGGAGCCAGCAUCGUGGACAACCUGGAAGUGCUGCAGGCACGUGUAAACGCACUGGACUCCGCCACGCUCGACCAGGUGGAGGCCCGGCUGCAGAGUGUCUUGGGCAAGAUGAACGAGAUCGCCAAGCACAAGGCAGCCAUCGAGGACGCUGACACCCAGAACAAGGUGUCACAGCUAUACGACGUCAUCCAGAAGUGGGACGCCAUGGCGACCUCGCUUCCCCAGGUGGUGCAGCGGCUGGUAGCCGUGAAGGAUCUGCAUGAGCAAGCCAUGCAGUUUGGACAGCUGUUGACUCACCUGGACACAACCCAGCAAAUGAUCAACAACUCUCUGAAGGACAACAGCUCGCUCCUCUCGCAGGUACAGCAGACUAUGAAGGAUAACCUGAAGGCCGUGGAGGAGAACUUUGCCACCCUGGACCAGAGAAUGAAGAACCUCACCAAAUAAUCCCCCUUCCGUAAAGAGAAAGAUGACGAUGUUCCUUCCUCUCUCUCUCUCUUCCUUUCUCCAUCUGCCUUUAUUUUUAUUUUUUGCAAAAAAGUCAAAAAUAUUUCCAAGACCAAACGCUUCCAUGCUGCAUUAGCCUUUCACCCGCCCACGUGCAUCUUCCCUCGUCUGCGUCGUCUCUGGAACUGACCGAAGGUGGGAGCACCCCACGGGCCCUUGAGGCGGACGAAUUUCAGGAAACAUAAUGACGUGCGAAACGCGACAUUAUCCAGACACCUCAAACUAUUUAUAGAUUUGCAUCCUCCCUGCAAAAGGCGAGGUGGUAUAGAAUUCCUCAGUGUCGGACACUAAAUGUUUAGUUGGUUAAAUACUGUACUUAUAAUGAGGUGUUAUGGCUGCCAGUCAGGACAGCCGAGAUGCCCAUGUGGAGUGGAGCUGGUUUGCCUAGCUGGGCACCAGCCUUAUUUCCGGCUCGGCUGGCUGUCGGGGAAUAACCUUAAGGGACGUUUGUACAUAUGCCUGUGUACCUUUUAAAACAUGUUCCUGCACCUUUUUUGCUUGUGACUGUCACUGUAUUAUGACUGAUACUGAAAACCACAGGCUGCGUUAAACUGCUUUUCCAUGGCCUCAAAUAGGUCGUAUUGUAUGUCGGACUGUGGCGUUGGACACGCACCAUUAAACGUCCUCCAGUGA